UGACUCCUUUCCACCGUCCCCCAAUCCCCAACACUUCCCCCAAAACGCCAAAAUACAGCACCCAGUUUUACCAAAAAAAAAAAAAAAAAAACCACCACCCAAAGCUACGCCUACCCGAACAAGCUCCCCAAACGAUGUCUAAGCCCAUGAGUUAUGACGAGUCGCCGGGAAAUAGAGCCUCUUUUAAAGUCAAAACACCCAAAUCACCUUCCAGAGUUCUUGAAUAAACCCGGUCUAUAUGUUGUCGCAAUUUCUUUCGGGGUAGACAAUGAUUUCGAAGCAGAAAUAUAAAACCUAUUGCUCCCCGAGGAGCUCAGGCCCAACAACAAAAAAUCUGAUCUCCUCUUCUUCGACUCCGACGCGAUCUCCGAAUUCCUCGAGGGAUAGCAGCUUGAGCAUGGUCUCGAAGUACCCCUCUUCAAUGGCUAACGAGGCAAACGUCGCAGCUGAGAAGCCAGUUGACGGGUCUCUCUCUAACAAAAAGAAUCAGGGAAGAAUUCCAAAGAAAAUACACAAAUCUGAGAGAGAGAAACUUAAACGUGACCAGCUGAAUGAUCUCUUUCUUGAGCUGGGUCAUGUUCUUGAACCAGCUCGACAGAACAAUGGAAAGGCGACCAUAUUGGGUGAUGCUUCUCGGAUACUGCGAGAUCUUCUUGCCCAUGUGGAAUCUCUUAGAAAGCAAAAUACUGCUCUGCUAACUGAAUCUAGCUAUGUUACUGCCGAGAGAAAUGAACUUAGAGACGAGAACACUGCCCUCCAGGCCGAAAUUACAGAUCUUCAAAAUGAGCUGCAAGUGAGACUGCAGUCUGAUUCUAUAUGGACCAACAGCAUGGACAUGGGUCCUCCCACUCUGCCACAGCCUCUAAGCACCAUGCUGCCGAUGCUGCAGCGGCCGCCUGUUAUCAGGCCGGUGUACACUGCCCCCAUCCAAGAGCUCCAGCUCUUUCCAGAGUCCAGAACGACACCAACACCGUCCCUACCUUCCUCCAAUGUGAGUAGACCACAUGCCAGAUAUCCAACUCCAUCUGACUCCUGGCCGGGGCAGCUCCUUUCCAGUCUUCCAAGAACAGCACAGGAAGACCAUCUAAGCAGUACCAGCAGCAUCAGCACAACUAGCAGCAGGGAAGAAGGCUCAGAUAAAUAAUGAGAGAUACCGAGAAAUGUACCAGUAAAUUUAUAUUAGUCUUCUGAAUUAAUGUUCGGAUGAAGAGUCUCAAAGGGCAUCAACUCAAAAAUGAUGGUGCCAUUAGCAGUCCAUGAGCUAUCAGAAAAAGGAAAAACAGUGUUUAUGACUUGAGAGUGGCAUUCUGCUGUUCAUUAUUGAAUGCAGGUUUCUGUUAAUUUGAGUUCAUGAUUUCAUUCUACUAAA